GCCCGCUCCCGCAGCCCGCACCAUGGAGCGCCGCGUCGCCCGCGAGUUCCGGCACAAGGUCAAUCUAUUAAUUGACAAUGAAGCAGAGAAGGAUUACCUUUAUGAUGUGCUGCGGAUGUACCACCAGUCUAUGAAUCUCCCAGUGCUUGUGGGGGACCUAAAACUCGUGAUUAAUGAACCAAGCAGGUUGCCUCUGUUUGAUGCUAUCCGCCCACUCAUCCCAUUAAAACACCAGGUGGAAUACGAUCAGCUUACACCCAAACGAUCAAGAAAGCUGAAAGAGGUGAGAUUGGAUCGUUUGAAUCCUGAAGGGCUUGGAUUAAGUGUAAGAGGUGGAGUGGAAUUCAGCUGUGGCCUCUUCAUCUCCCAGUUAGUUAAAGGAGGACAGGCAGACAAUGCUGGACUUCAGGUUGGAGAUGAGAUAGUGCGCAUAAAUGGAUAUUCCAUUUCAUCAUGCACACACGAAGAAGUCAUAAACCUCAUUCGUACAAAGAAAAUCGUGUCCAUAAAAGUUAGACAUGUUGGCAUGAUACCUGUCAAAAGUUCACCAGAUGAACCCCUUAAAUGGCAAUAUGUGGAUCAGUUUGUGUCAGAGUGUGGGGAAGGAAAGGGCAGUGUUGCUGGACUUGCUUCUUCUGGAGGGAGAGACAAUAAAGAGAAGAAAGUCUUCAUUAGCUUGAUUGGUACAAAAGGCAUGGGAUGCAGUAUUUCCAGUGGUCCAACACAAAAACCAGGAAUUUUUAUCAGCAAUGUUAAGCCAGGCUCUCUUUCAGCAGAGGUGGGAUUAGAGGUUGGUGAUCAGAUUGUUGAGGUGAAUGGAGUGGACUUUUCUAAUGUGGAUCAUAAAGAGGCUGUCAGAGUGCUCAAGAGUAGCCGUACUUUGACUAUCUCUGUGGUAGCAGGCGCUGGAAAGGAGCUGUUCAUGACUGAAGAAGAAAGGCAAAGAGAAGCACGUCUCCGUGAGCAGGAGCGCCAGGAGUUAAUGCAUCAGAAGCGGCUUGCACUGGAGACAAACAAAAUCAUCAAAGAGCAGCAAGAGAAAGAGAGAUUAAGAAAACUGGAGAUUUCCCAGAAGGCUGCAGAGGAAGAAGAGAGAUAUCGCAGGGAAAUAGAGCAGAUAACAGCAGAGGAAGAGAAAUUUAAAAAGGAGUGGGAAGAAGACUGGGGUCCUAAAGAACCACCCAAGUCUCUAAAAACUGUAACUGCAGAAGUGCACUCUGCCCCUCGUUCCAAACACAAAAUAGAUUUAAAGGAAUUUGCACAUGACCAACUUGAAACUGAUGACGUGGAUGACAUGAACAUGAAGCAGGACCAACAGGGCUUCCAGAAGUAUGUGGAAGAUUUUGAUCCAUAUUCAAUGUUUACCCCAGACCAAAUUAUGGGAAAAGAUGUACGACUAUUAAGAAUAAAAAAGGAAGGGUCACUGGACCUUGCAGUUGAGGGAGGAAUUGAUUCUCCAAUUGGAAAGAUUGUUGUGUCUGCCAUCUAUGAGGACGGUGCUGCAGACAAACAUGGAGGCAUAGUGAAAGGGGAUGAAAUACUGGCUGUAAAUGGCAAGAUAUUAAUUGACAGCAAGCUGGCAGAAGCACAAGCAACUCUAGCAAAAUCUUGGAACAUGGGUGGGGAUUGGAUUGAUUUAGUCAUUGCAGCAUCACCUCCAAAAGAAUAUGAUGAUGAAAUGUAAGUGCGUCAGCUUUUUUCUCUGGGGAUUAAAAGAUAAGUAACAAUAACCAGUUUGCUUUUUUUUGUCACACAUUUUUCAAGUAUCUUCUUCCUCUUAUGGACUGUAUAACCUCCUGCUUUACAUUGUUGCUAAUUUGAUAGUGAUAAGUAGCUGCCAUGCAUUACAGCAGUGGUUCCCAGACUGCAAAACUGUGAUUCUCAGAAUUGGUUGUAUAUGACUACACACUCAUUCUUUCAGUUUAAAGUUUGAGGAUUUGGGCUUUGGUUUUUUUUAGAAGUUGCACUUAACUUCAGUCUGAAUCAUUCACUCUAGAUCAUAAUUUAGGGAAACAAAUUCCCGUAAGCAUUCUGUAUCACCACCAGACGUUUAAUUCUGUGUUUUGGUUUGAUUUUUCUUAAUUAGAUUGCAGUUACUGUUCUUGUCGAAGAAAACUUAUGUAAAAUUUUCAGAAGAUGAAGUGAUUUGGGUGUCUUGGCAGUGUUCAUAGAAUCCUUGUUUUAAAGAUCAUCAGCAUAGGUGUGAAACAGAAGAAUCUACAGCUACAAGUGUGAUAGGGUUAUCAAAUCUAUGCAACUUGCUUUAUGUUGGACAAACAGUUUCAAAAGCAAGACCCGUAUUUUCUAGUUUGAUUGAAGGAGAAGAUUUGAAGAUAUCCUUACUACCAAGUAAUAUGGCAGAGCAAGGUUUUCUAGUCACUGUUAACCUGGGUUCCUGUUCUGUGCAGAAUGCUAGAUAUUCUUAAUAUAAUACAAUUACAGUAAAUCAGUUUUACUGGCUAAUACCAACUGUAGAUUGACAUGAAAUUUUGUUUAAUACCUGUGCAUAAACUAGCAGGCAAGUAAAUAACUCUAUCAUUGUUAUUUUUGUUUUCAUAUCUUGUAUAUUUAGCCCUACCAUUCCCUCAUCAGCAGUCAGUCCCAACACACACAGAAAGGUUUUUGAAGGCAGUGCACCUGUGUACAGACAAGGGUAUCUCCUGCAGCUGUAGCCACUGCAGUGUCCCUCAUGGUGAAUAGCACGCCUGGCUUAACAUGACUGGCCACCGUGAGGCUGUGUUAUUUUUUCAGCAUGUGCCUGCCUGUGCAUUGCUUGCCAUCCUUCCUUUUGUUCUUGGCAUGCUGGAGCUGGAGUGUUCUUUGGGCUUUUGCCAUGCCUGUGCUAUUAAAAUAUAAGUAUUUAGUUUCUACUUCAUAAAGUCCCUCAGAGAUCCUCUGCAGAAUUGGUUUUAUCACCUGCCAGAUUAUUAAAUAAAUAGGCCCUGUCUAAACAAGGAGGAUUAACCUAAGGUUUUUUCCUUAUCUGUGGACCAUUGCUGUGGCUUUGGGAGUUCAUAAGUAUAUAAGCAACUACAAAUUAUUUUCUUGUGAAGGCUUGUCCAAAGAACAAGUUUCCAUUUAGAUUAUUCACAGUGUGCCUGUAAACAAGUAUUCAUGAGUGUUUGGUUUUUACCGAAAUUCAUUAAUUUGUCAUAUACCUAUACAGUGGGUUUGUUCUGAAAUUAUCCUUGUCUCAGAAAUUCAGUUUCCUGUGUAUGGUUUCUCUGUGGCUGUAAUCACUGUAAGUACAGUCAUAGAUCUCUAGAAUUACCAAGGUAAGAUUUCUUGUUGCAUGUGGGUCUUCUCAAUUAUUACUUACAAUACAAAUCAAAACUACUUAAGAUCCAGUUUAAAAACUGUGCUUACUAGAAAGAUUAAAAGUUGCAUGAGAGCUAACAGCACAUUUCUCCCUAUUUGUUUCUUUUUUA